CUUCCGCUGCAGCUCCGUGUGCCGCUCCAGCGCGCUCGCGAAACCGCCCGGGCGCGUCUGAGGCGCGGGCGAGGCCGAACUCCCGCUCUCCGAGCCCGCACCUCGCCUGCAGAGCACCUUCCUGAUCCAGCAUGGAGGAAGCUUCUAGCCCAGUUCCAGCUUGAUUUCUCUCUGUUCUGCAACCAGUGUGUGGCGUCUUUGGCAAUAAUCUUACCAUCCAGCUCUGCCACAGGAGGAGGACACGUGAGGGGACAGUGACGCCACUGCAGUCAGAUCAGACCAUCUUGAGCUCUCCAGUGACCAUGUCUGUGGAAUUUAAAACUUACGUAGAUCAGGCAUGUAAAGCUGCUGAGGAAUUCACCAAUAUUUACUAUGAGACAAUGGACAGAAGAAGACAUGCUCUUGCCAGGCUGUAUCUGGACAAGGCCACUUUGAUCUGGAAUGGGAAUGUUGUUAAAGGGCUGGAAGCCCUAAAUAAUUUCUUUGAGAUGUUGCCUUCUAGUGACUUCCAGGUCAAUAUGUUAGAUUGCCAGCCAGUUCAUGAGCAAGCUACCCAGGCCCAGAGUACAGUUCUUGUUGUGACCUGUGGAACUGUGAAAUUUGAUGGAAACAAGCAACACUACUUCAAUCAGAACUUCCUCCUGACUGCUCAGACCAACCUUGGCAGCACCGUGUGGAAGAUUGCAAGCGACUGCUUCCGUUUUCAAGAUUGGGCUACUGACUAGAAAAGUGUAUUCUAUAGUCCAUGAGUUCAAGCAAAACAAGUCUAUGUAAAUUAAUGUAUUUCAUUGUAAAAGCAUUAAAAAUAAUAUGUAGUGAAGCAUUAUUUAAUAUUUUUUUAUUCCUAGCAGCACCUUUUCUUGCAGCUGCCCCUUUGGAUUCUUGUCCUUAAGAGCUUUAAUACUAGUUGUUUACAUGCCUUGUAUGUAGAUAUAUAAACAUUCCAUGAAUGGCAUUGUUAAAGUAAUAUUAAGCAUAUGAUCUCAGUACUAACAUACUGUGAACCCAGCCUAUUGCAAAAAUGCAAUCCUUUUGUAAUACUGUCUAUGAUUUAUCAGCACAACAUAACUCUCUUGAAGGAGUGGAGUUUUUUGGUUAUUACAAUAAUGCCUAUUUUUAGUUAACACUGGUAAUACAAUUUUAAUAUAUAAGGAGCUUUUUGUAAUCACUUCAUGUUCACAUAACUGACAUAUUUGAGUUGCAGCAAAUAUGCUCUGUAGUCUCUCUACGAAGCUUUCUUAUGAUGGCGUACUUCCUGUUGAAAUGAGUUAAGCAACUAGAGAAGAGAAAAACAUUCUCAGUUGAUAGCUGAGUAUUGGGUACAUUUAGUGACAGCAAAAGAACUUGCCAGUUCCAUGUCUAUUUAUGUAAUGAGUAAUAUAGAACUAAAAGCUUUAAUUGGACAAUAAUAAAUGUAGAAAACUAACCCAAAAAUACCGAAGACGACUAAAUGGUAAAAAAUUUUGGUGCUUGUUUCCUACCUCUUAAAAUUGUAGCCUACUUUUAAGAUUUGAAUCACUCAGUCAAUCAGUACAUUUGCCAAAUGAUGAUGAGUGUCAUUUUUCUUCCAAGGUUGAGACUUAAAGCUCUUUCUUUCAUUUUCAGUCAUCUUUAUAUAUCUCAGUUUAUUCAAGAACUUAUGGGUGAGAGUCUAACAGGAAAGUUGGAAAUAAAGCCAUUAUUAUCUC